UUCGCGGCCCAGGCAGGGGAGCCGAACGAGGACGCGAAAACCACCACCCUUCGACGCUCUUUCGCUCCCUCUCUCUCUCUCUCUCUCUCUCUCUCUUUCACCCUUUCUCCCUACAGUGCAUUCGCGAGUGCGAUAAGGACAGAAGUGCGAUUAGAUUGUGCGCCCGUUAUCGCGGAUCUAGAGUGUAAUCGCGUGUCGCUGAUGCGCCCACCUAUGUGUUAUCUUGUAUUAAUGACGAUGGACGCGUUAGAUGCGUUCAGAGUCGAGCGCUUGACAUCGCAACGGGGAUCGUGGUAGUGUCACGCUGAAAGGGAUUAAUAUCCUCGGGGAUAUUCGGUGGCGAGGUUCGAAUCGCGCGUUAACCCCACCGACAUACCUAUGGCGACCAUAAGCAACAGCAAUGGAUCGACGAUUCAGAUCAACAAUCGGCCCGACGACAUCCGCAAGCGGAUCAUUGGCUACGACAGCGCGCAGGGGGAUGCAACGACAUGCGGGAAUAUUCUGGUGAUACUGUCAUGGAUCAUUGUGAUCAUCACGAUGCCGUUCUCCCUGUUCGUCUGUUUCAAGGUCGUGCAAGAGUACGAGAGGGCUGUCAUCUUUCGGCUGGGCCGUCUUUUGUCCGGCGGUGCCAAAGGCCCCGGGAUCUUCUUCAUCCUGCCGUGCGUGGACAAUUAUGCACGCGUCGACCUGCGGACGCGAACUUACGACGUGCCGCCGCAGGAGGUCCUGACGAAGGACAGCGUCACCGUGUCCGUCGACGCGGUGGUCUACUACCGCGUGAACAACGCGACCAUCUCGAUCGCGAAUGUGGAGAACGCGCACCACAGCACGAGACUCUUGGCCCAGACCACCCUGAGGAACACCAUGGGAACGCGACCGCUUCACGAGAUACUGAGCGAGCGCGAGACGAUCUCCGGAAACAUGCAGGCCUCCUUGGAUGAAGCCACUGAUACUUGGGGAAUCAAGGUGGAACGCGUCGAGAUCAAGGACGUACGAUUGCCCGUUCAACUGCAGAGAGCCAUGGCAGCGGAAGCUGAAGCUGCACGUGAAGCACGCGCUAAAGUAAUCGCCGCGGAGGGUGAACAGAAGGCCAGCAGGGCUCUGAGAGAGGCGUCAGAGGUGAUUGGCGACUCGCCCGCUGCCUUGCAGCUUCGUUACUUGCAGACGCUGAACACGAUAUCGGCGGAGAAGAAUUCCACCAUCGUAUUCCCGCUGCCGAUCGACAUGCUGACUUACUUCAUGAAGGCUUUGCCGAAAGAAUAAUCGCGCUCAGGAGCGUCGCGGGAUUAAUAAUUAGGAACAAAACGACAGUUCCCCCCACCCUCCCCCCCGGAGUUCACGGGAGGCAAGGGGUUUCGUUUCGGCAAAUCAUCCGUAUAAUAUCUGACACGCUUGUGUAUACAUCUGAAAACGACAGAGAGUUGCCAAUAUUCGACCAAUCUCAACGACCAUUUUCGAUUCGCCAGGCUAUACGUAUAAUUAUAUAAAAUCGUAUGAAGGCAAUUGCACGAGGAAACUGUGUGUGACGUGCGUACGUUUUCACGUUAAGAUGGACUCGGGGCCGCACAGCAUAGACUGAAACGUAUUUUUGGAAAAUCUUACAAAGUUAUUUUACGCGUUUACGUGCUGUAAAGUAUAACAUAUGUUUACAGCAUAUGUACAUAGAACUGAGAACGGCGUUGUGUAACGUUCGUAAUGAAUUGAAUCAUAGUUUCGCGCAGUGAGACGGUUAUACUGUCUUCGAGGCGCGGCGAUACUUUUACUUGCGUGCAGAGGUAUAUGAUAUACACGUAUAUAUUUGUACACUUGAUUAAAAAAAAGGAAAUCAAAUGGCGAAGAGGAAUGUACGGCAGAGAGAGAGAGAGAGAGAGAGAGAGGAAGAGUCGAUUACCAAGCCGCUUUACAUUAGAUCUCGCACUGCCACUAAUGCCAGACUUAUACAAAGGGCGAUCGAUUUCACGAUAGGUUAACGUUACUCACGCGGAUAAUCGGUCACACAAUAAGUGAGCAAAAAUUUCUUCAGCACAAUGACGAUUUGAUUAAUGUUAAGGGAAGCGGUUCUCUCCACGGUGUCAGGAUCGCGAAUGCACGACGAGACUUAUUAUCGACGAAUAACGGCUGGAGAAGAGAAGAAGAGAUGAGAAAAAGCAUCUAAUUUCUCGCCUAUCUUCGCCACGGUACUAAAUUACAUCUUACGUCGGAUUAGAGGCAAGCGAUUCAGCAAGUUUAUCAGUCCAGCGUAUUCCUCGAGCCUUUAAGGAUAAUUAAUUUUAUAUGUCACGCACUCUAUACGUGUGAAACGUUUGUAUUUUAGCGGCCUGCGACAAUUGUUUGGUCCAACAUCGGCAACUCCUGCUAGCAAUAUACUCAUAAAUUGUUCACUCGA